AUGGAACAAUCUGAUUUAUCUGCCAACACUGUGAUAGAUCAUCCUCGAGCUCUCUCCGAUAAAAGAACCCUAAUUCGUGACGCGGGUCCUUCCAAAUUCCAGGUAAUUGCAGAUUUUGAUGCGACUUUAACGAGAUAUCGAGUCAAUGGACGUCGAGGCUUGACCAGUCAUGGCCUAUUGCAGCAAGGAAACACAGAUUAUGAUGCUAAGAGGGAUGCAUUAUAUGAACACUAUCGUCCUCUGGAGAUUUCUCCUUUGAUUCCCAUUGAAGAGAAAAGCAAACUCAUGGAAGAAUGGUGGAGUAAAACUCAUGAUCUUCUGAUUGAGGGAGGUUUAACAUAUGAUGCAAUUAAGAAAUCUGUUGAGAAUUCUUCUAUAGCUUUUAGGGAAGGUGUGAUUGAAUUGUUUGAAUUUUUGGAGAAGAAAGAGAUUCCAGUUCUGAUUUUUUCAGCAGGACUUGCUGAUGUAAUUGAAGAGAUUUUGAGGCAGAACCUUCGUAGAACAUUCAAGAAUGUAAAGAUUGUAUCGAACAGGAUGGUUUUCGAUGAUGAUGGACGGCUUGUGUCUUUCAAAGGGAAGCUAAUUCACGUGCUAAACAAGAACGAACACGCUUUGGACAUGGCUGCUCCACUUCAUGAUCAGCUUGGUGGUGAGAUUUGUGAGGAAGUCGAAGAAUAUGCAUACGUGAAACAGCGAACAAACGUUUUGCUUCUAGGAGAUCAUUUGGGGGAUCUGAGAAUGUCUGAUGGUUUGAGUUAUGAGACUCGAAUAUCUAUUGGAUUUCUGAACGAUAACAUCGAAAAGAGUCUUGAAAGCUACCGUAAGGCCUUUGAUCUUGUUUAUCUCAAUGAUGCACCUAUGUGGGGAGCUCUGGAACUUGUUUCUCAGUUAUUCUCAACAGAAGCGAAUUAG